ACCAUGCAUUUCAAACCUAUGGUUUCAAAAACUGGUGUACCUAUAUCGAAGACUUGAUCCAAAAUCGAACGAAGACAACUUCAUUUGGUCUACAGUGCUGACACUGACGUCUAUCAUCACACACACACACACACACAAUUUACGUGUGAAUGAAAUUGUUAGACAAAGCAAAGGUUUAGUAAUAAAAGAAAAACACGAACCGAGUGCGGCCCAGCAAAAACAAUUUUCACAUUGUGUGUUUUCAAUAAUUCCAUUCAGACGUGAUUUAAGUUGCAAUCAAUAAAUUGAUAAAAUGAAUUGGUUUUCGGGAAAUAUUGCUGAGGCGGUUGCUUUGUCAAAGGCAAAGAAUUCAAUAUUCGUUGUUUAUUGCGAAGGCACCGAUGAACUGUCAACGGCAUUCACAGAACUAAUUAACAACGAGAUUGUACGAACAAAACUGGAAAGCGAUGACUUUGUGGCUAUUCGGGUGCAGAGUGAUAGCGAAGCAUAUAUGCAAUUUGCUGCAAUAUAUAAAUUAGUGCCGUUGCCAUCGCUAUUUUUCAUUGGCAAAAAUGGAGCGCCGAUCGAAAUAGUCACUGGAGUUACAAAAACCGUAGAUGAACUGAAUAGCAAAAUUGAUGGAGUACUCAAUGGUACGAAACCAAAACCGAGCGACAGCAGCAGUGCGGCCGCUUCGGCGAAUCUGAUUGCAAGUGAACAAUCGGCAUCGAAUGAAGGAGACACAGAGAUUGUAUGUGAGAAUGGUGUCUGUUAUAAACGUCCAAAGGAAAAUAAAACUGAAGCUGCUUCCACAGAGGAUACCUCCAGCGGUUCCACUCCACAAAUAAUAAAUGAGGAGAAAUUAAACCGCGCCAAGGAAUUAAUUGAGAGAAAACGCAAAGAAAAGGAAGAAGAAGAUGCACGCUUGGCAAAAGAGCGUGAGCUAAAUCGACGAAGAGUAGGCCAAGAUUUACAGAAUUUUAAACAGCGUCAAGAAGAAAGUGAAAUGAAAAAGUUACAAGAAGAGCGCAAACGGGAUAAAAUUGAAGAGCAAGCCGCUCGUAAAAGAAUUUUAGAACAAAUUGCACUCGACAAAGCCGAACGUGCACAGCGUUUCAGUAAUGUUCCUCCUGCACCAAAACCUGAAGCUAGCUCAAGCACAGUGUCCAAUCCAUUGCCACCAGUUGUAUCUGAUAGUGCAGUAGCUCGCAUUCAAUUCAAAAAACCCGAUGGCGAAAUUGAUGUGAAAACAUUCGGACGCGACGAACUCUUUUCAGUUGUACGAUCUUAUGUGGAAGAGAAUGUAAUUGUGGGCAGUGUGAUAAGAGGCUUUGCAUUGGCUACAACAUUUCCACGUCAUGAAUUCAGUGCGGAUGAUAAUGCAAAGAGUUUAUUCGAUUUGGGAUUGGUACCAUCGUCAGUGAUUCUUAUUUUACCAUUGGAUAAGGCGCCCAGCAGAAAAUUACCCAUCGAAACGAGCUACGGCAUCUUCUCAAUGUUGACAACCAUAUUUUGGGGUGUAGUCAGCCCAAUGUUGGCCGCCUUUUCAUAUGUCAGAAAUUGGGUGUUUACACGCAACCGAGCUGAAAGCGGCGCUGCCAAGCGGGCCAAUGAAGAGGAACUUAACCAUAAUGAACAGGCCAAAAAGCGCAUUCUUCGAUUCGAUAAUGCAAAGCAAUCAACGUCAGCUGAGGCCGCCGAUGUGAAACAACAGAGUGGACCAUACAAACGAGUAGGCGGUGCCGGUACGAAUAUUCAUCGUUUAAGUGAUACAAAAGACUCCGACGAUGAGAAUAAUACGUGGAAUGGCAAUUCAACCCAACAGCAAUAAUUGUUUUCAUUCACUCGUUUUCACACUCUGAUUUGAUUGGUUACAGCAGAGUUUCGUUCCCCUUGAAACCGAUGCAUGUAUUGGAAAUGGUUCAGUUGUUUUUUUUUUGCUAAAAUUAUUAAAAUUGUAAUCACAAGAAAAAAAAUGAAAUUACCUUAUCUAGCUUUCACACGUCUGUUUAUCAAUUCCAAUAAAAACAAAAACAAAAAUGAGAGUUAUGCAAAA